AUGUCUGACGCUGAGCGUGUGUCGUGUUUUCGCAAGAUUCUGUCGCACUAUGUGGACGUGGAGCCCUUGGACGACGAUGAUCUCUCUUCUCUGGCGAACUCCCUCGGGGAUUCAGACCAUACAUCCCUGGGCCCCAAUGCCAUGCUCGGAGGAGUGUCAGGAGACACCCGAUGCGAGAUGAAUGGAGAAACCUUCACCGUCAAGGCUCUCUCUCCGAGCAAAUUCUCCUAUUCCGGCGAGAAUUCUUUGCUGAAUCUCUCUCAAAAGAUCGGACAGACGAUUGCAGAGAGGAUGGAUGUGAACGAGACAGAAGACUUGAGAGAGCCCGCCGGAUCUGAAGAGAGUCCGCCAGAGCCAGGAAAGCUGGAACUCUCUCUACAUUCUCUUCGCACCUGCCUCGAGUGUCUCCCACCGCGCGAGAUAGCGGACUUUCUUACGCAGACAUACUUUACCUACGCCAGGAGCAACGUCUACCACGCCGACGCAGAAUCCAUGUACUCGUGGAUAGAUAUCUGCUACAACGAACCGUCGCGAUUGACGACUGAUGACAUUCCCACAGUGUGUUCGAUUCUCAUGAUCCUGGCCACCGGCACCCAGUUUGCCCACAUGAAGUCUGGCAUCUCGGUCGAGGAAAUGACAAGAGGCUCCCGUUCCAAGAUCUACUUCUCUGAAGACAGCUUGGGUCAUACCUUCUAUAAGCAGGUCUGCACCUUACUCCCCGUCAUCAUUGCAAUAGGGUCGUUCGAGAGCAUGCAAGCCUGCUUGCUGACGGCAAGCUACUUGAUGCCGAUUGACGAGGCGAGGCUCUCAUACACCUACUUCGGACUGGCGCUUCAUAUUGCUUUGCAGAAUGGCAUGCAUCGAAGGUCAGAGUCCCUUCUCAGCCCUCGUACGGCUGAAAUCCGAAAGAGAGUUUGGUGGUCGCUGUAUACACUUUAUCAGCGUACUCUCAUAUAUCACGGUCACCCCAGAACUUUGUCUUCUGCCGAUGUUGACGUCGAUCGGCCAAGAGACAUUCCCGAACUGCGGAAUGAUGAACAUGCAAACUUCCAAAAUGAGGCGAUGCUUAUCGAGAUCACCCUCAUACUCGAAGACAUUGCCGACGAACUAUCCCUGUUACGGAAAUCGCACAGUGCUGUGCACUUUAUGAAAUUGUUUGCCCUGCGCCGCAAACUGAUCAGCAUUGGAGACAAACUCCCCAAGAUCGUCAACGUGGCAAACGAAAAGCUGCCAACGUCAGCGCUGCGGCUGAACAUCCAUUUGCAUCUGCACUAUUGGCAUGCCCGCGUUUUCCUCGGACGUCCCUUUCUGCUGGUCAAUCACAGUAACGCGUUAUCAGAAAGGGAGAGUUCGCCUUCUACCAUGACUUCCGGCAGAGACACCCUGGUCCAAGACUCGGUACACGCCGCGUUGGAAAUCAUCAACCUGUGUCAGCUGCUCCAGAGUCGAGUUGGCCUCGCGCGUGCAUCAUAUGGAGUGGAAUUUACUUCCUGCCGAGCAGCGAUACUGGUGCUUCUGGCGCGCAGCCUCGUGGACAGAGGGAGCCAGAUCCGCCACUCCCUAUCCGCAGGUCUCCAGAUCAUCAAGGCCAUGGGCAUGGGCAACGGCGUCUCUCGUUGCCAGAAAUCGAUCAUACACGCGUUGGAGCAGGCAAUCACCCGAAUGAACAAUUCCAUCGGGGUCGGCAGCGCGUCUGUGAGAUCGACGAGUGAAACAACUCUUUCUUACAGCCGUUUCAAGGAUUGGGAAUCACGCUGGCAAAAGAGAUCAGCCUCAUUAUCGUCGCAGUCCCCCUUCCCCGCCGAGACCUACAACAGAGACAUGACCGUGCAAUCGGAAUCCAGCAUGGGCUUUUCUGCACAGGGAGCAGGCUCGGCAAUGGGGAAUCCGAUCGAAAGCUUCGAUGAAAUAUUUGGGUCGAUGCCUUUGCAACUACAUGAGUUUGAUUUCAUCCCAGAUAUUGGGUUCUCCUUGGAGGAAAAUGGCAAUUGA